UCUCCAAUAUUUCUUCCGGACAAAACUGAACUGUCGCACAAUGGAGCUAGGCGUGGAAAAUAAUUUGAAAGCUUGCCGAAGGAGUAAAGUGGACAAGAAACUUCUCCGUAAACAGAUUAAAUCCAGUCACACGUUGCUGAAACACGAAGGGAUCACUACGACGUCGGAGCCCACUAAGAGUUUGGUGGUGGCUAACGGCGGCCUGGGGAAUGGCGUCAGUCGGGAGGAGUUGUCUGCCGUGCUGAAAGAGAUGGGAGACGUGGAGACUAUCCUGAUGCCGCCUCACAAGCCCUAUGCUUUUGUCACAUAUGGAUCUGAGGAGAUUGCCCAGAAAGCUCACAUCCACCUGAAUGGUCAAAAACUUCAGUGCGGAGAGGAGAAUUAUGUGACGCUUUAUCUUAGCUUUGUGGACUCAGUGCCGCGUGAGAAGCAGCCAUGUGCGACGUGGCCAGCUGGACUGGCGUUAGUGGAGGACUUUGUUUCUCCAGAGGAAGAAGCUCUCCUGCUGGCGGCCAUUGACUGGUCGUCCACUGAUGAUGAUGUCACCGCUCAAAAAGCUCUGAAGCACAGACGAGUCAAACAUUUUGGCUUUGAAUUUCGCUAUGACAGCAACAACGUGGACAAGGACAAGCCAUUACCUGGAGGUCUUCCGGAGGAGUGCCAUCCUGUACUGGAGAGGUGUAUGGAGAAUCGACAUAUAAAGUUCAUGCCCGAUCAACUGACUGUGAAUCAAUAUGAGUCUGGACAAGGUAUACCUCCGCAUGUGGACACUCACUCUGCUUUUGAGGACACCAUCCUUUCACUCAGCCUGGGGUCAAAGACUGUGAUGGAGUUUCGCCAUCCGGACGGUCGUGUUGUAAAUGUGCCUUUGCCAGGACGGAGCCUCUUGGUGAUGCAUGGAGAGAGCCGUUACCUCUGGACACACGGCAUCACUCCUCGUAAAUUUGACAUGGUCCCAGCCUGUGACUCACAACGCCAGACUCCUACAUGUGACUUAGGGGCCGUCAACCAGCUCACUUUGAGUAAAAGGGGGACCCGGACGUCUUUCACUUUCCGCAAGAUCCGACGUGAACCCUGCUGCUGUGCUUUUCCCUCUGCCUGCGACAGUCAAGGACCGCCUUCUCCACCACGUCCCCCCUCGCUUCCUCAAGGCCGCCGCGACGCAGCCCGUUUGGAGGAGGAGUUCGUCCACCAGGUGUACGACGCAAUCGCUCCCCACUUCAGCAGCACGCGCCACUCCCCGUGGCCACGCGUGUGCCACUUCCUGUCCUCGCUCUCGCCCGGAGACGUGCUGGCUGACGUGGGCUGUGGAAAUGGGAAGUAUCUGGGUGUCAACCCGGAGGUCAUUAGUGUGGGCUGUGACCGGAGCAGCGCCCUCGUCCAAAUCUGUGCCGAUCGAGGUUUCCAGGCGUUUGUGUCCGAUGCCCUCUGCGUCCCGCUCCGAACGGGGACUUGUGACGCCUGCAUCUCUAUAGCUGUCAUACAUCACUUUUCCACCCCAGAACGCCGCUUGGCGGCUGUGAAGGAGUUGGUGAGACUUUUGAAGCCCGGCGGUCAUGCUCUCAUCUAUGUCUGGGCCUUUGAGCAAGAGUACAAGCAGCAGAAAUCCAAGUACCUCAGAGACCACAACACUAGAAACCACAUUUCCAAAGAAACCACUGACCCUGACGGAAAAUCCAGUAACAACCCUGAAGAUAUCAAGAAAAGACUUGCAGAUGAUUACAAAGCGACUGGCGACAAACUUCAUGUUCACAUUAAUCGCACCGCCUUCCACGCUCAAGACCUUCUGGUUCCGUGGCAUCUGAAAGAGGGCAAAGGAGGAAAAAGAAGGGAAGGUGACUUGGAAGUGGCGAAGACGGACGUAGCCAAAACAAGAUGUAAAAAGGUUUUGAAAGAGUCUCAUCAAGACAGCGCCGUGUCUGAUGUGAGAUCCCGCAGUAAUGCUGACAGUCAUCAUGAGUCAGAGGAGCAGAGCGGCCCGCCGCCCGUCUUCCAUCGUUAUUAUCACGUGUUCCAGCAGGGGGAGUUAGAGCGGCUGUGUGUGCAGGUGGAGGGAGUCAAAGUACGGAGUAGCUACCAUGACCAGGGCAACUGGUGUGUCAUUUUAGAGAAGACAUCUCACAGUUGAAGUCCGCAAGAUCUGAAUUUAUGGAAGAGAACACAUUGCAAGCAAAGGAAAUAUGAAAGAUUAUUUCAAAGAGAAUCCAUGAUGGAACUACAAUAAUAUAUUCAGCAGAAUGUUGAUCUUUCCCAUGGUCGAACUGUUAACAAAAAAAUGGAAAAUAAAAUGUUAUUUUUUUUAGCA